AUGCCGGUGCAUGCUCUGUCACCCAUCCAUUCCCCUCACCCUCCUUCGCCUCAGCCUCAAGAAACUCGAGAGCCCGAAAUGUCUCGAUCUGCCAGUUUCACCUAUAUCUCUAAUGCCACCAAGAAUGGCUCCGGUCAGAUCAAACGAACAUUUUCCGAGAACAUCCUCAGCCUCAACCCUCGUAAAGAGAAGGUUAGCGAUAAUAUGCAAAAUGCCAACAAGGAGCUCUUCCGUCGAGCCUCCAAGAAGACUAAGAAACGCAUGUCCUUGUCACAAGCCAAAUUCACGCUGGCCACGGAUGACGAUGACGGGGACAAGAAGACGAACGGGGAUGCCAACGAGACUAGAGUAAGUCGAUCUAUGACUGGAACGAUACGAAGCCUAGCGAGGAAGUCCUGGAUGGGAUCUCGUUCCUCGUCGCCCGUGGACGACGACAAGCGGCUGGAAAGGAAGCACAGUUGGUCCCCUGCAAAGAAAGCUGGCCGGCUUGCCGCGGACUCGAUUGCGGUCCCGGAACGGGCAGUAUCAAGGUCUCCAUCAAGCGACUCCCGCGAGGAGGAUCGAGAUGGUGUCCGGCGGACCCGGCUGCCUGCCACCGAUAAGAACCUUCUCAAGCCUCGACGGAAGAGCAGUAGCCCCAGACGCCUCUCAACCAGGUCAUCUAUGUCGUCUUUCCGCAGCCAAGCUUCCAGCGACCGACAGAAACGCGAUUCCAAUGUACCGCCCAUGCCAUCCAUGUCGAGCGAAGCCUUAUCUAUGAUGGACAAGUUUCAGAAGAGGGUUGAUCCUUUGUGGAACGCCUUCAGACAGAUCGAGGGCGAGUUUACCACGUUUCAAUCCAAGACCAGCAUGCAACGGGCCAAAGUCCUACGAACGACUCUGAUACCUUUUCUCAUCGAGAACACUCAGCACCACUCGACGCUCUUGCUUAGGCCCGAGGAUCUCGACAGGCGUGUGUCGAUCCUAAACAAGUGGUGGGUCGGAUUACUGGAAGUUCUUCAGGGUCGCAACAACCAGAUCCUAACGGGGACCGACCGCCCCGCAUUUCUCGAAGCCGUUGCCCAGAUCAUGAUGAGACCUGAGUGGAGGAUACCAGGUUACUCCAGUCAGGAAACCGAGAACUCGGUUGCGGUCCACCAAUCGAAUACCUCAACGACUUCUACUGAGUCGGAACAGCUUGUUGAGAUGAUCCACCAGAACGUCCGCGGCACAUUUGUACAGAAUCUACUAACCCAAGUCGGCUACAUCAUCGAGAAGCUGUGUAUGCGGAGCGCACCAGCUAGUCUGGUGAAUUUCGGCGGCAAAACCUGUGCGUACGCUUUUCUUUUCUGUCCGGGUGUUGCGGAGAUGUUGGUCAGACUUUGGCGGAUUGCACCCGGCACGCUGCGUCGCGUCUUCGCCGAAGUGGGUAUCGAGCGUGGCGACAACCUCGAAGAACCAUCAAUCCGUAUGGCCUCCUACCUACCCGCUCCAGUGCACAGCCUCGUUUUCACUACCCAGACAUCUCUGUCCAGAAUCAUCCAGCUCCGGCAGGCGGUGCCUCCAGGCACAGAGAACUUCAAUUGGCACGGUCCCUGGCUUGGGCGGUGGUCUGGACGAGACAGCGACUUGUUCUUUAACUUCACCAAAUUCUACCACAUCUUGAUUUCGGACCACUUACCUGCGGAUCUAUCGCCGAGGGAGGUUGCAUGUAUCCCGGGAUUUGCACCAAUACAUGCUCAGAUCCUGGUAAUAUUCGAAACGACACUGUACCGUGCCGCCGGGCAGCAAGUCGUCGACAAUUUCGCGUCUGGCGCUGGGGGUUACGACAAUGCCGAUGCCCUUGCCACGUUGCCGAUGACCAUCGCAAACGCAUCGCGAAACAUACAUGAGAAUCGUCUUGUCAUGCUCCUGAGAGAUCUACUCGGUAAUCCUCAAUAUGAGGAAGGACAAGUUCGAGAACUUUAUACGAUGUCUUUUUGCAAUAUCGUCAAGGCAGCUACGCGCAAGGUCUCACUCUACAACAACGAUGCUUGUUUCAUCUUGUGCGAUUUCCUGGAAGAGAUAUUUCCCAUUCUAUUGCGAUAUUACCGAGGUGAUACACCGUUCCUGGAUUGGCCAUUUUGGUUAAUGGUCUGCCGGCAAAUGCUGCACAGUCAGAAUACUCUGACCCAAAUCCGCCUCAUCACUUUUGUAUACAGUAUGUGGAACAUCAUAAUCGCUAAUGAGGAGCGGAAGAAAGGCAUGAUUCUGGAUUGGCUUUUGGAUGAGGAUAUUUUUAUUACACACUUCUGUCACUGGUCGCCAAUGGUUCGACAUUAUUUCUUCCGGUUAAUAUGUUGGCGGGUUGCAAGAGUCGACAGCGACCCGUCUGAUGUGGAUCUUCAAAUUCUGGGAACUCUUUCGACAAGGUUGAGCCGUGUGUGGGCUUACUAUCAAUAUUUGAGUGCGGAAGCCGAUAUGCGAGAUCUGGUCCAACCUUCAAUUGCGCCAUGCUCGCCAGCACCAAGUCGGGCCUUGGUCAUCAUUCGAACAGAUAGUCAGCUUGGACCAGCAGCAUUGACUUCAUUCGACAAAUUCUUGUCUCAAGGGCUUCUGAAUCAAGGCAAUCCUUACCAAAAAAGCUCUUCCAUUAUCAGCUCGGUACCCGGCCCCGAUGCACCCCCGCAAAGCGGGUCGAAAAAACGAUGGAGCUUGUUGAAAAACAUGCUUCCAUUUGGCACGCCUGGGAACGAUCGCCCGGGUGAAGUGACGCCACCACAAACCCCAGACAAUAACCAAACCACACCUAAUGGGUUGUCGCCAUCCCGACCAGCAACACCUCCUCAUCAAACGUUUUCUUUCAGAUUCUCUCUGGAGUGGUCUGACACUCGGCACAACGUAUCUCAGAAGCAAAGAAAGCUAAUAGCCCCAACUUUACCGCUAGAAUCACAGAGAGCUUUGGACGAGUACAAGUCGAGCAGCAGAGACGCCAAGAGACACGACGUGCGGCCGGUGAAGCCCAUUGGGUUAGCUGUAUCAGCAUCAAGAUACAGUGGAAGGGCGUUGUCGGAGUGGGCACAAGUUUUAAUGGAAUGUCGAAAUUUCUACGUUCGGCGGAAGCAAGAAGGAGUUCCGCGAGACAAUCUCGUCGAGACUCCUAUGAUGAGUGUCGAGACCUUUCGCAUGACGGGGUGA